AUGGCCGACUCGCUGUUGGAGCUGCUGGCUCCUCGUUUGGAGACACCACAGUCAAAUGAUGCUACAACGUCACAGUAUCUCAAUCGCCUAUCCACCCUGUCUUUGGACGCACUACGGACCACCGAACCACAGUCCCUGGCCCAAUCCUCCCAUUCAACACUCCUCUCGCUCCAAGCCCUAUCCAACCGCUCUCAUCGGGCAUUCACCACCUCCGCCGACCAUCUCUCUACCCUGCGCUCAAAUAUCCCACAGUUGAUCCGCGAAGCGCAACAAUUACGCGAUGCAAUCCCAAAGCUCGACGAGGAGGCUGUCAAGUUCUCCACCAAAUACAGCAAAAUUACAGAUAAUGCCGCCCUAGAACGAAGGAAGAAGGCCGUGCAGCUGGCACGCAACGUUGACCGGCUGUCUGAUAUCCUCGAAUUGCCUUCAUUGUUAUCUACCGCGGUCUCUGCGGCCUCCGCCAACUCUGGCGCGGGAGCAGCCUCUACCACAUACUCCUCCGCUCUCGACCUCCAUACACAUAUUAAGCGACUACAAACAUUAUACCCGGAGUCACCAUUAAUUCAAGACGUGGCAUUCCAGGCGGAAGAUGCUAUGAAGGAAAUGACAACCAAUCUGAUUGCAGGCCUCCGCGGCCAGAACCUACGGCUAGCAGCUGGCAUGCGAACUGUAGGCUGGCUACGGCGAGUGGCACCGGAUCUGGAAAGUCUCCAAGGUGAGGGAGCAGCAGGCACUGGAGAAGGAGCGCUGGGCGCCAUUGUCCUGAUCUGCCGCUUAGCCCACUUGGUGUCGACCCUGGAGGCCUUGGAUCCGCUGCGCGAGCUGGCCGACCAAGAAACCCAGCAGAGAGUCAAUAGCAAGGACAAGUCCGAGACCUGGUCCGACGGACAGCAGACGGACCGCUACCUGAAACGGUACAUUGAGAUCUUCCGUGAACAGAGCUUUGCGAUUGUCUCAUUAUACAAAAAUAUCUUCAGCUCGGAGCAGUCAGACUCGGAACCCGCUAUUUCAGGCCUCCGGGGCGCCGAGGCGCACAAGGCGCAGCCACAAUCGGCUCGAUCGAAUGAUCCGCUACAAAGACUUCCAUCGGCUUUGGCGACUUUCCCAAUGCAUCUGGUGCAAUUGCUCACAGAUACCCUGCGGGCGUAUCUUCCCAAUGUUCGGGAUCGUAGCUCCAGGGAGAGUCUGUUGACGCAGCUGCUAUACUGUGCGGCUAGUCUGGGCCGGCUGGGAGGUGAUUUUGGCAUGAUUCUGACAGAGCUGGAAGGGGAGGAGGAUAUCACCUAUGAAUGGGAAGAUGUGAUGCGCAAACAUCGGGCCCUAGCCGGACGUUUGGAGCAAUUGACGAGUCGAGUGCCAGUACAUUGA